GCGCUGGCCGUGCGCUGCUGCAGGUGAGCGCCGCCGGCCCGGGACGCCGCUGGCACCGCUGCCCCGCGCCUGCCCUCGCUCGGUUCAGUUCUAGCGUGCGCUUCCAGCCCCGCAGAAGGAAAAUGAUUCAAAUCUUAGAUCCGAGACCCUUGCCAAACUCCAUCAUGCCUGUGGAUGUGGCCAUGAGAAUCUGCCUAGCCCAUUCACCACCACUGAAGAGCUUCCUCAGCCCCCUUGAGAGCUGCCAGAGAAAUAACUUUGUGAACAGAUUUAAACCUCUCAGACCAUGUCUCCAUGUGAGACGUGACUCUGAGGCACAGAACAGUGACUGGAACCACUCAGCAGCCCGAGCCAAGAAGCGAGUUGUGUUUGCAGACUCAAAGGGGCUCUCCCUGACAGCAAUACACACCUUCUCAGACAUCCAGGAGCACCCUGGCUGGGACCUCCAGUUUGAUCUUAUAGGUCUUGAAAGCAUAACAUCUAACCUGAAGCUUCAUGAGGAGAAAAACUUGAUUCUGGAUUUCCCACGUCCCUCAGCUGACUACCUGGACUUCAGGAACCGCCUGCAAAAGAACUUGGUCUGUCUGGAGAACUGCAGCCUUCAAGAGAAGGUGUUGUCAGGCACUGUGAAAGUAAAAAAUGUGAGCUUUGAGAAGAAGGUUCAUGUUCGAAUCACCUUUGAUACGUGGAAGACUUACACGGACGUUGAGUGUGUAUACAUGAACAAUGUUUAUGGUGAUUCUGAAAAUGAUACCUUCUCAUUCACAGUUGACUUGCCUCCUGCCAUUCCUUCUCAAGAGAAAAUAGAGUUCUGCAUUUCCUACCAAAGUGGAGAGCGUACCUUCUGGGACAAUAAUGAGGGGCAGAAUUACAAGAUUCUCCAUGCAGAGUGGAAAUCUGAUGGUGUUCGGAUACCAUCUGCCACAAAAGACUGUUUUGAUGUUCCAACUCCAAGGAGAGGGCAGGAGAGAGAGCCCGAUCAUCUUGGCAGCCCAAGGCUGUCCAGUGGCCUCUUCCCCCAGUGGCAGAGCUCAGGUGGGAUUGAAAAUUCAUCACCAUAUUGGUGACAGACACUAGCUUGGAAGUGUUCUUCCACUUGGCAACAAACCAGCGUUAGCUUUCUGGUUCACAUAACUAUAUAACAAAACCACUGGUAGGUGUGGCUGCCUUUGCAACUCUAAACUCAGCAGUCUGUGGGACUCGUUAAGCCAUAUUAUGUUAUUGAAGUUCUUAGCCAAAACUCAACCUUGGAAAUAAAGACAAACAAGAUAAAACCCAUGUGUAUACCAACUACUAGAAAUAGCAUGCCUGUAUCUUAAGUAUAUGCUACUUGCUUUCUGCUGUUAUCACUCCUGAGUCAUUAGGCAGGAGACUCUGUUAGGAGCCAUGGAAGGUGACAGUAUCUUAGCAAGCUGUAGCAGCUGUAUGUGUGUGUGUGCACAGAGGUGUUGUCACAGAAGCAGAACAUCACAGUCCAUUUUGUGCCUGUUAGUGCAGCAGAGCUGAGGCAGUGCUCUCAGGACCGAGGCUUGCAAAUGACCUACAUGCUUGUAGCAGUGACAGGUAGGACUGCAUGGCUAGGAUUUGUGGCUUCAAUAAGGGUUAGGAAACUUGGAGUGGAUAAUGGAAAAGUGGGAGAAGGGGAAGAGGUAAGAUGUGCUGCCUAACUUGGAGAUGGCAAUGUGUUGAUGUCUUCAAAACUGGCUUUCUAAGGAAAGGAAAAGUUUAUGGUAAAAAGGAGAACACAGAAAAUGAUGCAAAGCGAGUGGUGGAAGUGACUUUGGGAAGACAUCUCUGACCUCACUGGCCUUGGGAAUAAUGGAUAUCUUGCAUUUAAGAUCAAAUCUAACCUUGAUUUCUACCUCCAUCAUUUUACUUACUUGUCAGGCUGAUUGUUAUCUUCUAAUGUUAAAAGAAAAAUGUGCCUUUAAAAAACAGUUACUAUACAUGCCAAAAGUAAAGGCUGAAGCCAAGGUUAGUGUACAGACUUUGAGUGAUUUGUAAAUGUCUUAGCCUGUGGCAGCAUUAGGUGAUUUCACUCAUUUCCUGAUCCAGUCUUACAACACCUAAUGGUUGAGUAUCCUGCUCCCUAUUGCAGAGUCAGAGAGAACUUUUGAAAAGUGUGUAACAUAGGAAAGGUCCUUCAUAUUGAAGACAGUGAAUUAGCUGCAGUUGAUGAAAGCUAAUUUCUUUUAAAGAGCAGAAUUGCUGCUAGUUUUUUUCUAGAAUGAAUAUAGGCUUGCACAUAAAUAGAAAGCUGCUCAGUUUUAUUGUACCUCAUUUUAGAAGUUUUUUUUAAACAAGCGUGUAUUUUAUAUCAUCUGCUUGUAAUUUAGCUUCCUGAGCUGUCAAACUGUAAACAUGGUCUGUGUUUUUCAUGCAAGAUUUGUGUGGGAAAUUGUCUAGCACAUACUCAGCAGUUGUAAAUAUUGGCACCCUUUUAACUGUACAGAAGUGAUGUUAACAUCAAAAUACAUGUGACUUGUAAGAUAGCCUGAGUCUGAAGCUACUUGCAGUAUAAUAAGAAGAUAAAUGCUAAGAAGAAGUCUGUCUCUUCCACUAAUUGCACUUUUUUUUUUUAAUGUAAGCCAUGCUGUUAAGUGUCAACUAGCUAUUUUAAGAAUAAAUUGUAUUUUGAUA